AUGUCUGUCCUGCCUUCUAGGUUCAUAUACCUGUGUUUACAUUUUCUGGUUCUCUAUUUCCAGCUACAGGAGUCUCAGCAGAGCUCGGCUGAUUUCAGGUUCUACAUUGAGAACCAUACGCGGAACCCGGACGACCUGAGCCGGAAGCAGGUCCGGAUCUACCAGCUCUACAGCAGAACCACCGGCAAACACGUCCAGAUCCUGGGCAAGAAAAUCAACGCCAACGGAGAUGAUGGGGGCAAGUACGCCCUUCUCGUGGUGGAGACGGAAACCUUUGGGAGCCACAUCCGAAUAAAGGGGAAGGAGAGCGAGCACUACAUCUGCAUGAACGAGAAGGGGAAAAUCGUAGGGAGGCCUGACGGCAGGAAGCAGGAGUGUGUUUUUGUCGAGGAGUUUUUGGAAAACAACUACACAGCGCUGGUGUCCGCCAAGUACAAGGGAUGGUACCUCGGCUUCAACCGGAAGGGGAGGCCCAAGAAAGGCUCGCGGACCACGCAGACGCAACAGGAAGUCCACUUCAUGAAGCGCCACCCCAAGGGCAAGGUGGACCCGCUGGAGGAGUUCCGGUUCACCACCGUUACUAAACGGACACGAAGGGCUCGACGGUUAAAGCCCAACCCCAAAAGGAACUGA